GUUUCCGAUGAGCCUCUAGUCUUGUCUUACAGUAAGAGGUAUUGCGCGGGCUUUACUUACUCUCUAUACAAACUGUACAAUAUAAAGUUGAGUAAAGUAAAGACUGUAACGACGUAUCAGCCAACAGUCGCGCGUAGUCCGCCGUAGGAGCAACGCUCGCACGGCGUUCUCUUAAAUAACAAGCGUUAGUUGUUUAUUUCAAUUGAUUCAUUUUUAUUAUAACUUUUUUUGUUUUUUACAAAAAAAUUUUUAUUAACUUUAAGUCUUGUGAUAAUUACGUUUAUAAAAUUACAAGAGAAAAGUUAUUGUCAAUUAAAAGUUUAAAUUUUAUCUUUACUUUCAAUAAUUUUUAAAUUUGUGCAAUAAACCAGGACUUUAAACUUUCAAACUGUCUAAUUCAUCGAACCCUUACAAUACAGAAAUGUCACUCGAAGAAUCGAGGCGUUCACAACGACCUUAUCGGUAUGGAAUGGUUUUACUGUGCGUUGGUGCGCUUAUUAAUUGGCUAGGACUUGCUGAAAACUAUGUCGAGCCUGUUAGAUACGUCGGGGUGGCUUGUAUUGUUGCUGGUGCACUUUUAAUAUGUGCUGCUAUGUGCUGUUGGCUUCAUGCGCCACCUACGAGGACUAACGUCGGUUCACAUGGUCCUAAUCAUCAUAGUACAGUCCAAAUUGACGACCCGAUUCACGUGAUAAGUGUUGAAGAACCAGCAAGUGUUGCAAGACAAAAACCACCGGAUUAUGAAGCAGUCGCUGAUGCACCGCCUAGUUAUGAUGACGCUAUUAAACUUAAUCCAGGCCAAUUAACAACUCGCGCUAGUAUCAGUGGGAUUUCCCCUAUUUUACCAGGGAUGAUUACGGUAUCCAAUAGCGGAUCUGCGACAAGUGGAAUUUCUAGUGAUCAGCCAACUGCUCCUACACCACCACCUGCAUAUGCCAGGUGAGACUAUAUGAUUGGUCAUCACCGACCACGACCAAGUCUACCAACGUCAUUAAAUCCAUCAGCACGAGCUGAAGUCCAUGGACGUAAUCGUUCAAUCCACGUAAAUGUCCACAACAAACCAAGUAAUACUCCGACGACGGCAAGCUCGAUCGUAGGAAUGCGGCACCAUCGUCGUUACGAUGUAAGACCAACAUCAACAACAAACGCAUCCGCAAGAAGACUGCGUGCCCAAAGUGUUCAUGUCCUCUAUGCACACGUGCCAUUUAAUUUUGACCCGUAAAUGUCACUUGCCACGUGUCUAAUUGAGACCAAGAAAAUGCUUAUGAGAGAUGACUUUUAUUUAUUUAAUAUAAACAAAGACAAAGACAAAGAUUAAGACAAAGAUAAAGACAAAGAUGAAGAUAGAAAAUUUUAUGAUGACCAAAAUAAUUUUAUUUUUAUUUAUAAUUACAAUAAUAAUAUACUGUAAAAAAUAUCGGGAGUGAACGUGGAUUAAAUCCGGGUGAAUAUGGACCGGAUGACUGUUUAUUUAUUUAAUUCUCUCGGAGUGAAAUUUACUCGGAAGGGGAAUUUAUUUUGAAUUUUAAUAUUUAAAUUCCGAAUCGGAAUGCGGAUUUAAAUAAAAUCCAAAUUACUCCGUUGAAAAAAAAUCUUCAUAUUUACUCCGUGUCCGGAGUAAUUUUUUGAAGAAACUCCGAGUGACGGAAUGAAUUCGGAUGGAAAUAAAAUCCGUCAUCACUUUGCUGAAAAAAACGUCAUAUUUACUCCGUAUCCGGAGUAUUUUAAAAAAAAACUCCGAGUGUCGGAAGGAAUUUAAAUUCAAAUAAAAUCAAGAUCACUCUGUUGAAAAAAAAUCUUCAUAUUUACUCCGUCUGCGGAGUAAUUUUUUGUAAAAAAUUUGAAAUUCCGGUUGGCGGAAUAAAUUUAAAUUUGAAUAAAAUUCAAAUCGCUCCGAAUUGCCUCCCAAUUAUUUACAGUGUAAUAAAAAAAGUUUAAAUUAUGAAGAGAUUUAAAUCGGAUUACGUCGGUUUGUACGUAACGAAUACAUUCCAACGUUAAAGCAGAUCUCAAUCCUCAUUCCAAAUUAGUGUAUGUCCUAAGCUGCCUGAUGGAAGACUUAUUUAUUAAUAUAUAUAUGAAGAAAUGAAUAAUAAUAAUUAAUUAGAUCUAGAAUGAUAGUAUUUAUUGAUGAGCAAAAGAUAGUGCAAGAAUGACUAAAGUGAUAAGUGCGGAGCUUGGUCGUAUGAUGAAUCGCCAAUGGCAUUUUUGAAUAUAUAAAUAUAUAUUUAUAUAUAUGUAGAUAUGUAGAAAUAUAUAUGUAUAUGUAAUAUUAUUAUUAAUUGAGACGUAACUCACGGCAGUUUGACGUGCGCAUUGAUGACAAUGUCACCGCACGUAGGUUCUAUAUAUAUUUUUCAUUGUGAUUUGUAUGAUAAGAAUUAUUAAUACGGGACAAAUAUUAGAUUAUUAUCAUAUUUUAUUGUUUGCCCGUGUCAUUUGUAAGAUAACAAUUCUUUUUUUGUUUUUAUACUCUAUUAAUAAAUGUUAAGAUAUUUGAAUUUA